AGAGAGAGAGAGAGAGAGGAGCAAAGGCGAGGUUUUUCUUGGAGGUUUCGGGCGGUGAGAAUGGCGUCGUCGUCGGGCAGUGGGCUGACGUUCAAGCUCCAUCCUCUGGUGAUCGUCAACAUCUCGGAUCACCACACGCGUGUGAAGGCUCAGGGUCUGUACCACGGCGGUGGAGGCAGCGGAGGUGCUGGAGGGAGGGUCUUUGGGUGUGUAAUCGGUGUUCAGCGUGGCCGCACCGUUGAGAUAUUCAAUAGCUUUGAGAUCCUCUGUGACCCGGAAACCCACACUCUUGAUCGCCCCUUCCUCGAAAAAAAGAUGGAGCUUUAUAAGAAGGUUUUCCCAAAUUUCUAUGUUUUGGGUUGGUACUCAACAGGAAGUGAUGCUCAAGAGUCAGAUAUGCUAAUUCAUAGAGCUUUGAUGGAUAUCAAUGAAAGUCCAGUUUACGUUCUUCUAAAUCCUUCAACUAACCCUACACGGAAGGAUCUUCCAGUGACCAUCUAUGAAAGUGAGUUGCAUGUAAUUGAUGGAAUUCCUCAGCUGAUCUUUGUGAGGUCAAAUUACACCAUUGAGACUGUUGAGGCUGAAAGAAUCUCAGUUGAUCAUGUAGCACAUCUAAAGCCAUCAGAUGGAGGCUCCGCUGCAACUCAAUUGGCUGCCCAUCUCACUGGUAUACACAGUGCAAUAAAAAUGCUUAAUAGCAGAGUUAAGAUACUUCAUCAAUAUCUUGUGGCAAUGGAAAGAGGUGAUAUUCCUCUUGACAAUUCUUUGCUCAGGCAAGUUUCUAGCCUUCUCAGAAGAUUGCCUACCAUGGAGUCAGAGAAGUUUCAGGAUGAUUUUCUAAUGGAAUUUAACGACACACUGCUUAUUACAUAUCUUGCCAUGUUUACAAACUGCUCAAGUACCAUGAACGAGUUGGUCGACAAAUUUAACACAAUGUAUGACAGACAGACCAGAAGAGGAGGGAGGAUGGCAUUUAUUUAGUCACCGUCUAUUUACUAGUAGUUGAGGUGAUCAUGGUUCUUCCGUUUAGGUGUCCAAACCGGAAAUUCUUGUUGGUCAUAUUUACAGAGAAUUUUUGUUUGAUCGUCGUCUUCUCAAGAUCAAUGUCUCGUCGUGGUGCCUUCCCAAUCGGGAUUUCCGUCUUUUACUCUUGUCUAUUCAAACUUUAAUCAAAGUGAAGUGAGUUUUCAACAGAUGAUUUUGUUUAUCCUGUGACGGCAGCAGGAUCAUCUGAAAAAUUCAUCUGUCAUGCCGCGGAAACUUGUAUAUCCAACUUCAGUGUUCAUUGAUGGAGCUGAUAGAUUGUGUUAUUUUGGUUCCAUCUCAUGACAAUGCCUGCAACUUAAACAAUUUGUUUAUGAUUUCAAGGAUAGUAAAUGUGUUUUUAUGUUUGAAAGAAAUCUAAAAGAA